AUGCACUCUCGGGGGUCGCAGCUGGACCCGAUCCAGGCGCUCGCCGCGGGCCUCACGCAAGGAACCGGCGGCACGUAUGAUGUAGACUUGCGCACGCGUGAUGGCGUGCACCAGCUUGCAGAAAUUGUCGAUCUUCUAUUUGUAAAACGCAUCGUCGGUGCAGAUCUCCGUGAAUCUUUAUCCGUGCAUGCACCGGCAGCCAUCAUGUUUUUGCUAUCGGAACCGUCAAAACAGUAUGCAAAACUCGCGUGCGAAUGCUUUGCAUCCGUGUACCCGCGCCUUUUUUUGCACGUGUGCAAAGACUGGUCCGCAGCGUCGCACCAGCUCUGGCAGGUCGUCACGGCCGUCAAGCAGCAGAUCGCCGGAUUGCUGGACGGACUGGCGCAAGGUGCAAGCAUCGGUGCGGCAAAAGCGUGCCAGCGCGUCAUCCUUGUACAGGCCAAGUCAGACGCUGAUCCGCGCCUUGCGCAGCGCACCGAGCCAACGAUUGCCAUGCUCCCACUGCACCAUCCAUUCAUGCGCGUGGCUGAGCUGGAGACAGAGGCCAGCCAGCUGUUCACCAAGCUCAUCACGCUUCUCUUUACCGCUGCACACCCAAACACAGUCAUGGCUGUCGUGCACGUACUCACCAAACUCGCCCGCGCGCGGCCCCAGCUUGGCAAGGUCGUGCUCGAGGCGUAUGUGAGCUGGACCCCAGCUGCGCUAGGGUGUGCGCAUGUGAAUUUGCGCAGCGUGGAGAACACAAUGCGUCUCGCCAUGCUCCACUUUUUGCACCACGGCAUCCCCGAGCCGCACGCCUCGCAGCUCCAGCAGGCGCUCGAGGCGCAGAAACGGCGCAUGGAUGCAGCCGCGCGCACAUUUUAUAUGGCACAGCACGAUUCGCGCAAGCGCGAUGCAUCACAGGCGACAGAGCCAAGCGCCAAGCGGACGCGCGCUGCGAUGCCCAAAGGGCUUUCUGCUGCCGAUCUUGCGCGGCUUCCUGUCAACCGCGUCGUGGAUGCCAUCAUCGUAGGUCUACAGAGCGUUCCCGAGACGAGGCUGCGUGCGGCGAUUGAUGCGUACGUCCAAGGCACCGAAGGCGCCUCCAGUGCUCCUGUUGACCCGCUCAAAAUGGACGUCGGCGACGACGAGCUUGCGCCGCUUGCUGAGAAAAACACGGGCGAGGAAGAAGAGAGUGUGGCACCGCUCGCAAGCCUCGAGCACUUUGUCCUUCCCUCGCCCGUCCCUCUCGAGCAGCGCGAGGCACACACGCUCAUCAUCGAUUCCGUCUCGCGCAUCUGCGAGCAAGGAAGUGCCCUUGCGCCGCGCCACGAGAAAAUAUCCGAGGCGCAUGCCGCGCUCUGGAUCAAGCUGUUGGUACGGCUUGCCACGCGCGGCCUGGACACCACAACGCAUGCUACGUUUUCGCAGGAAACGCCGCCUGCGCUCAUGGAGCAGGCUCAAAAAGUAAGGCAGCUGCUGUGCGAUUUUAUCGCGCACGACUUUGCGCAGCGGCUCUCGAUUGCCGAGCAAUGGCUUGUAGAAGAGUGGGCCUGCGAUAGGCUGCGUCAUAAACACGGCUUUUCUGGCAGCUACUAUACGCAAUGGCUGCAUACACUCCUGGAUACCCAGCUGCACGCACCGAUCGAUGAGCCUUCGUUGCGCGCCUUUUUUGCCGCGCUCCCAGAGCUCGACGAUGCGCUGCUUGCAAAAUUGGACGCACUGUGUGUAGACAAGGCUUCACUUCACGAGGGAUUCGCCCUCUUGAGCACGAUCGGUGCGCAGCGCCCGCCGCUCCGUGUCGCGGUGUGCGAAAAAGUUUUGCAUCUCACACGGCAUCAUGACCGGCUCGUGCGCGGUAAAGCGAUUCUAACCGCACGCACUUGGGUUGUGCAGCGUGGGCCGUUGACCGAUAUGGUGCUGGACUAUGCAAAAGACUCUCUCGCGCAGCUCAAAGAGAUUCACGAGCCGCGCGCAGACCACGCCGAAGGCGCAGACCACACCGAUGAAAACCCAGCGCAGGACGAGGCGACAGCGGCGCUUGACGGUGCUCCUGCAGACACCGUUGCGCCCACCGAGUCCCUCGACCAAGACGUCCUGCGCCUCAUGGAGCUGUCCCUUGUGCUCAGCGUGAAGCAGCCGUCCAUCUUUGCCGAGGACGUCGCAGUAUACCCACACGUCGCGCCUGCCGUUCAGGCUGCGAUGAACAAGCACAUUGCGCCUGUCGCACGCGCCGUAGGCCCAAACAGUGCGGCGCUCCUCGAUGUGCUUCGAAACGCGCCGCCAGGCGCAGAAACGCUCGUGGACACGGCGGUUGGUAUUUUGGUCGAAAAAGGCCAUACCAAGGCGCUUGCCUCGCUCGUCCAUGCUUUGGUCGAGUCGCGUGGCCUGUCGAUCGAGUACCUUUUGCCGCUUGUGCCCUACCUGGACACGGCGCAGAUCGUGGAAAUUUUGCCGCGCGCCGUCGCGCUCUUGCGCGAUCCCACCGACGAGAACAAGGCCAAGAUCCGCUCUUUGUUCCGCAUGCUGAUCGCGCCGGCGCUUGAUGGCCGCGAUUCACUUGCGUCUGCUGCGCUAUCUCCUGUAGAGCUCAUGGUCCUAUUGCAUACACACGAGCAAGCGAUUGGGCUCAAGGCCGCCGUCACUGCGACGCAGCUCUGUUUCGCGAUGGACGACUUGUUCCGUGCGGAUAUCAUGACUGCCGCGCUGAACAGGCUCGUCGAGGAGCCCACGCUGCCGGUCUUGUUUAUGCGCACGACGAUCAUGUCGAUCAAGACGUUCCGGUCCUUGACCAACUACGUCGCGACCAGCGUCCUGAACAAGCUUGUCGCCAAGCAGAUCUGGAACGAGCCGCGCCUGUGGGAUGGAUUCGCGCUCUGUGCGAGCCUCACCGCACCCACAAGUUUCGGCGCAUUGCUGCAGCUGCCCCACACGCAACUGCGGGAUUUGAUGAGCAAGCAGCCGUCCAUGCGCGAGCCAUUGCGCGACUAUUUGAUCUACAAGGCCGGCGGACCGACGCACCACGCGCCGCUCUUGGAAAUGCUCGACCAAAUUGCAUAG